AUGUCCGCCACAUCCUCCCCGCCCCCGUCCCCUCACCGCCAAGCACGCCAUGUCCACCACUCCCCGCGCUCCCACUCCCCCAUCCCCCACAUCGCGACCAUCCUCCCCACCCACCACUCCUCCAUGUACGCCCCCGCCACGCGCGCAGCGGACAUCUCCCGCCUCCUAGACCCCGCCUAUGCAAGCGGCUCCUCGUCGUCCAGCGCGUCCACCGCGAGUCCGACACACCACAAGCACGGCCAGACGCGUGCCUACGUCGACCGCCACGGCGACCUCCACGACCCGGACUACCGCGACUUCCCCGUCCUCCCCGCAACGCGCACGACCUCCGCCUCGCGCCGCCGGCGCACCAGCCACGGCGCGCGCUCGCGCAGCACCAGCCGCCACGGCGACCGCCACUACUCGACCGCGUACUCGAUCGCGCGUCCAGAGUGGGAGCGCGACUGGUCCACCGAGGCAGGCGAGGAGGAUGAAGACGUGUUCGACGACGACACCGAGUCGCAGUCGCAUUACUCUCCGUUCGCGUCGCACGCCGUUCCGCGCCGCAGCGCGACCGUUCACUCGACGCCUGCGUACCGGUCAUACGUGCCCGUGCCGUACUCGGACUACACAAGCGGGCCACAGCCAUUGUCCUCAUCGCCUGUCGAUUCGCUUGACGACCACUCGCCGAGCAUGCUGCAAGAUUCACCCUUGUACGACUCACCCUUCCUCGCGGACGACCUGGAGGGUGAGUCAGAGGAGAGGCGUCAGAAGAAGUCGCGUAGGUGCAGCGGCAGCAGCGCCAUUCUGGGGAGGAAGAGCUCGAAGAAGAGUAGCUCUCAGGUCAAGGAGGUCACCAUGGAGGCUAGCUCAGAGAAGAGCGAUAGUGAGCAUGUUGCUCAGCAGUUUUCGGUCGAUGGCGAAUGCGCCGACGACGUGCCGUCUUGUUCUGACGUGCUCCGUCAACAAUGGGCGAGGAUUGCCCUCAGCGUGAAGUUCAGCGUCUUCCGCGCGCGCCGCCGUCUCAGGUCUCGCAGCAACGCGCGAUCUGAUACAUCACGGUUUCCAACAUAG